AGUGGGAUUGAAAUAUCAUGGUCAUGCGCAACGGCCCUUGCUAGAUCGGAGCACGCAUCCCACCUGAGCCCAGCCCUUUUUCUCCUCCAUUGAAACCCACCGCCCCCAGCUUCCUUUCCGUUUCGCGAUAUUUAUUUUUUAGAAGGAAGGCGAGAGACGAGCAAGGAGGAGCUCCCCCCAGUGUUAGGGUUUGGGUUAUGGGAGUUGGGCGAUGUCAGGCGAGAAGCCGCCGGUAGAGAUCUGCAAGGGUGUCAAUGGCCUCGACAAAGUCGUGCUCAGGGAGGUCCGCGGAAGCUCCGCCGAGAUGUAUUUGUAUGGAGGUCAUGUGACAUCUUGGAGAAAUGACCAUGGCGAGGAGUUGCUUUUUCUCAGCACGAAGGCAAUUUUCAAACCUCCAAAAGCUAUACGCGGUGGUAUACCAAUAUGCUUUCCUCAAUUUGGGAGUCAUGGAAAUCUUGAUCAGCAUGGUUUUGCAAGGAAUAGAUUUUGGAGUAUUGAUGCCAACCCCCCUCCUUUUCCAACGGUUAGCACCAACAAAGCUUUCACUGAUUUGAUCUUUAAACCAAGUGAAGAGGAUCUAAAAAUAUGGCCUCAUAGUUAUGAAUUUCGUCUAAGGAUUACUUUGGGACCUGGAGGAGAUCUAAUGCUGACAUCACGGAUAAGAAAUAUUGAUACAAAGCCAUUUUCCUUCACAUUUGCCUACCACACCUACCUCUCUGUUUCUGAUAUCAGUGAAGUACGGAUUGAAGGACUUGAAACUCUUGAUUACCUUGAUAACUUGAAAGCCAAGGAGCGAUUCACAGAACAGGGAGAUGCAAUUACUUUUGAGGCUGAAGUGGACAAGAUAUAUCUGGGGACACCAACAAAGAUUGCGAUUAUAGAUCAUGAAAAAAAGCGAACAUUUGUUUUGAGGAAAGAUGGGCUUCCAGAUGCAGUGGUAUGGAAUCCUUGGGAAAAGGCCAAAUCCAUUGCUGAUCUUGGGGAUGAUGAAUACAAACAUAUGCUCUGUGUUGAGCCAGCAGCUGUUGAAAAGGCCAUCACUCUCAAGCCUGGUGAGGAAUGGAAGGGCAGGCUGGAGCUUUCUGCUGUUCCUUCCAGUUAUCGAAGUGGACAGUUGGAUCCUCAAAGGGUGCUUCAAGGAUGAAUAAUAGAUGUCCUUUCCGGCACUUAAAUGGCACAAUGCUUGGCAACAAGAUAAUUUUUUGUUUGUUCUAGCAAGUCCACUGUCUUCCAUCGCGUGCUUUUCCUUUUUCCUGCUCUCUUUGUAGAUCUGUGAAGAGAAACUGCUAGAUAAGAUUGAUGGGGAACCUCAAGUGCUCAAUAAGUCUGAUUUGUGUUUUCUAUCUGGACUGUGCUGUCCCCAAAAUUUGAAAAUUUGAUCAUCGUUAGUCUGUCUUGCAUAUUAACUGGUCUAUUUUGCAAAUAAAAAAACGACAUAUCUUAAUUUCAAA